AUGAAGUUCCUCACUCAGAUCUCGGCCGCGCUCGGCCUCCUGAGCACCAGCGUCCUGGCCCACCCCGUCCUCGAUGACCUCCUGCAACCCUCGGCGCCAUUGAAGCGCGCGGCGGCCGCCCUGACGCAGGUCAACAGCUUCGGCGACAACCCGUCAGGAGCCAAGAUGUACAUCUACGUGCCCUCGCAGCUGGCCGAGAACCCCCCCAUCAUCGUGGCCAUCCACUACUGCACCGGCACGGCCCAGGCCUACUACAGCGGCUCGCCCUACGCCCAGCUCGCCGACCAGAAGGGCUUCAUCGUCAUUUACCCGGAGUCGCCCUACAGCGGUACCUGCUGGGAUGUGUCGUCCAAGGAGACAUUGACUCACAACGGAGGCGGCAACAGCAACUCGAUUGCCAACAUGGUGUCUUACACCCUCGAGCAGUACGGUGCCGACGCCAGCAAGGUGUUUGUCACCGGCUCUUCGUCGGGUGCCAUGAUGACGAACGUCAUGGCGGCCACGUACCCCGAGCUGUUUGCCGCUGGCAUCGUCUACUCGGGUGUCCCAGCCGGCUGCUUCUACGACCAGGCCGGCGGCGCCGACACGUGGAACAACUCCUGCGCCACCGGACAAUCUACCGGCUCAGCCGAGCUCUGGGGUUCGAUCGCCCUCAACAUGGACCCCGGCUACGACGGCCCCCGCCCUAAGAUGCAAAUCUACCACGGCUCUGCCGACACCACGCUGUACCCCAACAACUACAACGAAACCAUCAAGCAGUGGGCCAGCGUCUUCGGUUACGACUACACCAAGCCCGACGAGACCGCCGGAAACACCCCGCAGUCCCAGUACACCACCUACACCUGGGGCGACAACCUCAUCGGCAUCUAUGCUCAGGGCGUCGGCCACACGGUGCCUAUUCGGGGGAGUGAUGAUAUGACGUUCUUUGGGUUGUAG